CUCUGUCUGUCGGUGGUCUCCUCCCAUUGGCUGCUGCUGCUGAUAGCAGGGCUGAAGGUAACGCACUCAUUCCACCCGCCUGAGAUCGGAGAGAGUAACAGCCGAGGCACGGGGACAGCCACACCGACCUACAGCUGUGGAGCACGCGGCCAAGCCCAGGCAAAACAUGCCCAAAAGGAAGCCCGGACCCAUCCAGCUCAACCCCACCCCUGAUGGGACCACUGUGAACGGGACCCCGUCUGCAGAGACCAACCUUGAGGCCCUUCAGAAGAAAUUAGAGGAGCUAGAGUUGGAUGAACAGCAGAGGAAGCGCCUGGAAGCAUUCCUCACCCAGAAGCAGAAAGUUGGAGAACUGAAGGAUGAUGAUUUUGAAAAAGUGUCCGAGCUUGGUGCUGGAAAUGGUGGGGUGGUCUUCAAAGUUUCACACAAACCAUCCAGUCUUAUCAUGGCUAGAAAGCUGAUUCAUCUGGAGAUCAAACCAGCAAUCAGAAACCAGAUUAUUCGAGAGCUGCAGGUUCUGCAUGAGUGUAACUCCCCAUACAUUGUGGGCUUCUAUGGGGCAUUCUACAGUGAUGGGGAAAUCAGUAUCUGCAUGGAGCAUAUGGAUGGUGGGUCACUUGAUCAAGUUCUAAAGAAAGCCGGAAAAAUUCCUGAGAAAAUUUUGGGAAAAGUCAGCAUUGCAGUGAUAAAAGGCCUGACUUACCUGAGAGAGAAGCAUAAAAUUAUGCACCGAGAUGUGAAGCCAUCUAACAUUCUUGUGAACUCCAGAGGAGAAAUCAAACUCUGUGACUUUGGAGUCAGCGGACAGCUCAUUGACUCAAUGGCAAAUUCUUUUGUGGGGACGAGAUCAUACAUGUCCCCGGAACGACUACAAGGCACACAUUACUCUGUGCAGUCUGACAUCUGGAGCAUGGGUCUCUCACUGGUGGAAAUGGCUAUUGGGCGCUAUCCAAUUCCACCCCCUGAUGCUAAGGAGCUGGAACUGAUAUUUGGCUGUUCUGUUGAAGGAGACCCUUCGUCAUCUGAUCUGUCUCCCCGUCCCAGACCACCUGGUCGCCCCAUUAGCUCCUAUGGUCCGGACAGCCGACCUCCUAUGGCCAUUUUUGAGUUACUGGAUUAUAUAGUGAAUGAGCCACCUCCGAAGUUGCCCAGUGGAGUGUUUGGAGCAGAGUUCCAGGACUUUGUGAAUAAAUGCUUGGUGAAGAAUCCGGCAGAGAGAGCCGACCUCAAACAGCUCAUGGUUCACAGCUUCAUUAAAACGUCAGAGCAAGAAGAGGUGGAUUUUGCCGGAUGGCUGUGUUCUACUAUGGGCCUGAAACAGCCCAGCACCCCCACUCAUGCAGCGAGUGUGUGAGGAAAAUGAGACAAGAAGCCGGUCCAGGCAGAGAGCCAACCUAUCCCUCUUCUGCCAUCCUGCAGGGAUCUCUGCAGAACGUGCCAAAAAUAAACGGUUUAUAUUCAUUCUCUAUACCCCUUCAUUCAAAGAAGGGUGUGGUUCAAGAAUAGAUGUAUCUCAGUGUCUCCCGUGGGCUUCACCUGCAGUAAGAUGCUUGCUUCUAUCCCAUGAUGCUUUGUGGUUCACAACGUUUUCAGUCCAUAACAGGACAAUUCUUCUAGUCUUUUUGUUUAGGAGGGGAACAAACUGUUAAUUUUAAU